GUGGAGGACUGGAAGCUAGCGAACCGUGGACCAGGGGUCGCCGGAGGGUGAGAUGAGAUCAUGAACAAGGCAAGGCAUGGCAGCAACGCCCUGCUGUGGCUGCAUGGGCUGCAUCCAUCUGAUCCAUAUUUUCUGGUUGGGCCUGACUGCCCUUAUAGGCCCAUGUCAGUUCGCAGCAUACCUUACCAUCGCCGGCCCAGACCGGCUCACAGUCACAGCGCCCCCUGCGGCCCUGCUCUGUCCCGCUGGCUCCUGCUCCUGCCAACUGCGGCCUUGCUCCGCCUACCGCCGUCGCCGCCUAAACCCCCCCCCCCCCAGUCCCCCACCGCUCCGCGCACGUCUCCUCGCGCCGCCGGUCGCCGGUGAAUAGCAGGGGGUCCGUGCCUUUCCGUCAUAAAGGACUUCGUCUUAUUGGCCGAGCCUCCCUUUGCCGAGCAAGAGCACACAAAAGUAGGGAGGUGGGCAUGGCGGAGGUGCAUCUAGGUCUGCCAGGUCCCUGGGCGGCGGAUUACCGGGAGAAGGCCGACCACUACACCACUAAGAUCGGUGGAGUCCCUGAUUGGCCAACUGGUGAUAUGGGCAUUAAGCCCGAGACUCUUCAGUGCAGCUUAUGUGGGACCAAGCUCUGUCUUGUUGCUCAGGUACAUGCGCCCGUGGCAAAGCUAAACAUUGAGGAGAGGAUAAUCUAUGUGCUUGUUUGCCUGACACCAGAGUGUGGACCUAAACCUCAAAGUUGGAAGGUCCUAAGAGUUCAAAAAUGCCGUAAUGUUAUGCAAACAGAAGGCUGUGGCGAUGAAUUAGGUCAGUCGAAUGGACCUCCUUCUACAAGUGUUCCAGAAGAACAGAAUGAUAAAAAUAAAUUUCCUGAGAUCAACGACGACGAUUUUGAUCUAGAUGCCUUAGCCGAAGCACUUGAGCAAGCUGCAACUUUGGCAUCUAACUCAAAGAAGAAGAAUAAAUCGAAGCAUGCUAAUGCUCCUGUAAAACGUUCUGUAUUGAAGGAGCAAGCAUGUGAUCUGAGCAUACCAGUUCUUCCUUGUUUUUACAUAUAUUAUGAUAAGGAACUAUAUGGGGGCAAAGGCACUGUGGGUUCAAGUAGCAGUGAGUUGGUUUUGGACAAAGAAAUCAUGGAUACUGCAAAUGAUGAAGAAGAAAAAUGGGAAGGAGAAAAGUACGAGUACGAUAAAGCUAUUGGUGCUGACAGAACCUUUUUAAAAUUCAAGAAACGGUUGGAUGCGUACCCCCAGCAAUGCUUUAGGUAUUCUUAUGGUGGCAAGCCACUGUUGGCUACAACAAAAUUACAAGAUCCUGGCACCUGUAGUCUGUGUGGUUCACCACGCCAAUAUGAACUGCAAUUGAUGUCUCCUUUAUCAUACUUUCUCCAUGAAGCUGGAGACGGUUCCUCAAAUUAUGCACCCAGCAGCUGGACUUGGCUGACUGUUAUCAUAUACACUUGCUCCAAGUUCUCCACUUUGCACUAUUCCUUAGCCCGUUUCAAUUUACUGCAGAGCUGCUGCCCGUCUCCAUGCGGUGGAAAGCCUCAGAGCUGUUGUUGGGGAGUAGCGGAGGAGGUGAUCCUGAUUCAGGAGGAUGAAGUCCUUUAGGAUCUAACCAGUGCCAGUUGAGAAACUAUUGCAGAUUUGAGCGUGUGAUACACAGUUUUUGUUUUCCAAUUGUUAGAGUUGUAAAGCUAUCUGCAAUUUUGAAAUGUGUUUUGUGGCUGCUUUUAUCUUGCCCUAGUAUCCUGCAGAACUGUUAUAGUUAACACGAAUUGGUCUAUUGUAAGUUUGCAUAGUAUUGUACCAGCCUAGCUUUUAAGGUUUUUGUCUGUG